CUUGCAAGGGGUGUUUGUUAACCUUCUUGCUCAAAAGGCAACCUAAUAGAGAGAGGAUACUGGUUUUUGUUGAGAUAUUGAACUGGUGUAUUACACUGGUCUGUUAGUUUACCCCAGCUCGUUAUUUUACAUUUAAUGCAUUUAUAAAAGAAAAUGUAGUUCCCACAGAACGCAACAGAAAUAUAGCCUCCACACACCACACCGUUCUCAAUUUUACUGAGUCAAAACCUAUUCAGUAUAAAGUUACGAUCAUGUUGGUUGAAUUGUAGUGAAUAUCAUUAGAUAGUUAUUUUAGAAGAUUUAGUGGCAAUAAUUUGUUGUGGUUCUCAGGUGAAAUCGUCUGCAAACAAACGAAUUCAAACGGCCCUAAAUGAACAAAGAGAAGAGGGCAAAUGGUCAUUGUUGCAAGCCCACAAAACUCUGGAUUCUUACAAACUUUUAUGUCCUCUUAAAAAAAAAAAAAAAGAACUCUUUUCAUUGCUUGGUUUACCUCUGGCCAGGCUAAGUCUUUUCUUUUCCUUUUUAAUCCGUCUCUUUAUUUUAGAAAAACACAAAACCGGGUUCCACGCAGUGCUUUGGUGGCUAAAAGUGAAAGAGCUGCUUUUUUUCAGAGCUCAGCUCCAUGAAUCGCUCUGGAAAAUUGGUUCUUCUGAAUAGGUGAAGGAGGAAAAACGUUUAAUAGGAUCUGAGGGAGGCUCUGCUCCAGCAAUCUGCUCCUUAAACAGGUGGAAACUGGACCUUCUCAAUUAUACAAAUAGAAAGGAAGACUGGGUGGCUAGUAGGCUGCUGCUCACAUCAAGUUCUGCAAGGAUGGCGAGUUCUCUUCCUUUGGAAACAGUGAUGCCCUGUCCAAGGCGCGAGCCCAGGAAUGGAGCUUCCGCCACCCCAAAGGCGCUGGCCUUCUCUAUCGAACGAAUUAUGUCAAAGACUUCCGAUACAAACAGUUCCUUGGAAGAAAGACAUGGUCUGGGGAAUUCAGAUGGAAAGAAGAUAGUCAGUCUUUGCUCACCUAUACCCUGCAUGAUUCCCGUCCAACCUUUAAGCUACGACUUUCAAACCAAGACGCUGAUGAACUAUUCCGAAUUCUGGAAAGCAAACUUUAGGGGAACGGUUUGCAGUUCAGCCGCAAUGUGCAAAUCGAGCUGUGGCGUGUGUUGUAAAACCGACUCAGGUUUUGUGCAUUCACUAUUGCCAAGCAGCAGGGUUAUCAAGCCUCAAGUAAUUCACCAAACAGUAACAAUGCCAGCCAACGGAUCUCUAUAUUAUUUUAACUAUUUGGACUCCUCAUAUCACCGAUCUGAUCUUUUAAGCGGACAUUUAUUCCCUUCCACCAUUGUCAGUUCCCAGUCACAAACUUCGCUUUCAGCGCACCAGAAAUUACAUUUGUUGGAGAAUGCCAAGCUUGCCAGUUUGACAACGGAGACGUUUCCUACACCUCAGUUUCCACAUAAAGAACACCUACCGGGACAGUUAGACCAGAUUGUGAAGGAAAACAACAGUUUGACAUCAGAAAAGAACGGCGUGAAACCGCACACUAAAUUAAGCAACUCUUCUGAUGGAAAAUCUAAAAAUUUCACUUGCGAAGUGUGUGGCAAGGUGUUUAACGCACAUUACAAUUUAACACGUCACAUGCCAGUACACACAGGAGCCAGGCCGUUUGUGUGUAAAGUCUGUGGGAAAGGGUUUCGCCAAGCCAGUACUUUGUGUAGGCACAAAAUUAUUCACACACAGGAAAAACCACACAAAUGUAAUCAAUGCGGGAAAGCCUUUAAUCGAAGCUCAACAUUAAACACGCAUAUACGGAUUCAUGCUGGAUACAAACCAUUCGUAUGCGAAUUCUGUGGAAAGGGCUUUCACCAAAAGGGAAACUACAAGAAUCACAAACUGACGCACAGCGGCGAAAAGCAGUAUAAAUGUACAAUUUGCAACAAAGCCUUUCAUCAGAUUUAUAAUCUGACUUUUCAUAUGCAUACUCACAACGAUAAGAAGCCGUUUACCUGUGUAACCUGUGGGAAAGGCUUCUGUCGAAACUUUGAUUUGAAGAAGCAUAUUAGAAAACUGCACGAUAACAACACCUCCUCUUCCGUUCCGAGAGCGGUGCAAGGCUGAAUUCUUCUCAAACCACGUAAAAUGGACAUGAUAUGCAUGGACAAAGCUGUCGUGUAGUUUAUUAAACAUGUCUAAAAUGAUUACAACGCAGGAAUGCCAGAUCAUCUUAAAUACUUUGCUUUUUAAGCCAGAACAUGUACGCUGUAUUGGCAUGUAUAUAUUACAUUGUAUAAAUUGCUAUUAUUUAAAUCGAGUUGUAUCGCAUUUCUGUGUUUUGUAAUGUACUUGUUUAUAAGCAGUGGGAUAUAAUGUACGUGUAGAAUUGUUGUUUUCUUUCGAUAUAGAUUUAAAUUUAAGGCCUACGAGUGUGUUUGCAAAUGAUUACAAUAAUUGACAUUUAUAAAUACAUUUCAUAAAGUAUCUUACAACGUUAAUAAAAUAUGCUAAGUUUA